AUGGCGUCGUUGACAAAAUCGUAUCUCGCCGCGUACAACCUCGCGCAGGCCGCUGGAUGGGCUGCGGCGCUGGCCGCCAUGAUGCACAGCGCCGUCACCACCGCCUCCAUCGCCGGCGCGUUCCACUCCGCGUGGCCCCUCGUCUACGUCUGUCAGUUCGCGUCCAUUCUCGAGACCGUGCAUGCCGCAACGGGGCUGGUGCGGAGCGGAGUGGUGGCGCCGCUGGUGCAGUGGGUGGGGCGGAGCUUCGUGCUGUUCGCGGUCGUGGGGCGCACGCCCGCCCUCCACACGCACGCCGCGCUCUUCGUGCUGCUCGCCGUCUGGUGCUGCUCCGAGGUCAUCCGUUAUCCGCAGUACGCGCUCUCACUCCUGGGCACGUGUCCGCGCGCGCUGACGUGGCUGCGCUACUCGGCGUUCAUCCCGCUGUACCCCAUCGGCAUGUUCGGCGGGGAAAUGGUGCUCAUCUAUCGCUCCCUGCCCUUCGUGAAGGCGGAGCGCCCACUCGCCUUCCUCUUCGACGCACUGCCCUUCGACUGCUACCACGUCGUCGCUGUCAUCCUGGCGGCGUAUCCCCUCUUCUGGCUGCACCUCUACACGCACAUGUUCCGCCAGCGCCGCGCCAAGCUGCACCCCAAGAGCCACAAGGGCGGCAAGAAGCCGCACAAGGCCAUGGCCAUCGUGCCCAUGUCGCCUGAAAUGUUCGCCCAAACCACCCUUGACCGCCCUGCUGCUGCCGUUCCCACGGCCAAGGGCGCAGCACCUAUAGGAGCGUUGGGUGCUGCAGCACGUAUAGGUGUAGCAGCAGCAGCAGCAGCAGCAGCAGCAGCAGCAGCAGCAGCAGCAGCAGUGCGCUUGGUUAGGAGCUGGCUGGGUGCAGGUCAGGGUGAGCCAGCUGGCAGUGUUGAGUCCAAGAGAGCCAGCUGGCACGAUCCGAUCCAAAUGAGCCAGCUGGCAGCGUUGGGUCUGCGGGCAGGCAGCAUGGGAAAGCGUGUGCCUGCAGCUAGCAGGCAGCGUGCAGGUGACCAGAUGGGGCAGGCCCUGUCUCCAGGUGCUCCCUACAUGAUACGUGCUAGGUUGCAGCACCAGCAGUUCCACACCACACUCCCAUGCAUGGCUCAGCCGCUGCCCUGA